GGCUGUCUAAGAGGCUUAAGAAACUUUCUCGUCACAAAGACUGUGCUGCAUUGAAGGAUUGGCUCUGUGUUAUAAAGAAUCAUCUGUACUGGAGCGUAACAUCUUCAACAUCUGGAGCUGAGAAGGUGGCAAAGUGGACAUCACUAAUAAACCAUAUGCAAAAUAUUCACCAGCACCAAAACCCACUGUAUCCCAAAUGUACGCAUCUGGAUAUAAAGACAAACAACUCACAAAAAUGGUUUCAACAAGGGUCCAGUGCACUCAAUAAACUGGACAAAAUCCUCAACAACAAACACGUUUUGGAAGAUAUUGCAAAACUCUGUCCCAACCUUCAAACAUAUUCAAUGGAGACUUUUCACAAUCUGAUUCAGGAAUUUACUCCAAAAAAUGUCGUCUUUCCACCCACUGGGAUGUUGUGCAGGUUAUACUUGGCAGCAAUGCAUCAUAAUGAAAAUGCUGAUCUUAAACACAGAAAUAGUGACGUCUCUGUAGCUUUUGGGACGUCAUCCAAGGAGGAAUUUAAGACUGAGACUACAUACAAUUAUUUGGAAGAACUGAUGAAUCUCAUAUUUGAAGUGUUACACGACCCUGCUCCUUUUAUUGAGCAAAUGAAGCUCAGUUGAGACUGCAGCAUAAUCUCCAGAUGAAGAAGUCCUACCAUACCUUCAAAAAGCCCAUUGAUUGUGUAGUUGAACAGUGUUUUUUAAUGUCUUAUUUAAGUUUUCUACCAUUUUAUGAAGUAAUGAACAACUAGAUUUUACGAAAACUUUUCUGACUUUGUACUUAUCUACUAGAUAAGGAGUAAUCAUGAUUAUUACCAAUAAAGCAUAAAAAAAACAAAUAAAACAAAAUUUAAAAAAUUACCAAAAAAAAACCCCGUAAACUCAUGUUCCGGAAGUAGUAUUACGUCCACCGGAAGUUAUUUCUUGACCUUGCGGCUGCACAGCUCCAGCAUGGCGCACAUACGAGUCUAGUUUCCGUUUAUUUAGAUUUUAAUAAUUACUCAGAAUGACAAUACAUUUAGUGUAAAACUUAGUGAUCACCGCGGCCAUGAUUUCUCUUUUUAAAGCCGCUGUUGGUGGAUUAGUUUGUGCUCCCAAAACAAGUCUGUUACAGAGUCAACUCAAAAUCUUAAGUGCUGGACUAAAGACAUAUGAGAUCCCUCCAGACCACAGAGAUGCAUUCUUACCAGAGAAACCCAAGCUGAAGUUUUUGAACAAGGUCCCCAACUUUAAAAAAGCCAAAAAGGAAAUGAAGAGACUGCGAGACAUUCAAGGGCCAGCCAAAGCUGCAAAUACAUUUAUCACGGGACAAUAUGCAAUUGUAGCUUUGGGAGGAGGUUAUCUUCACUGGGGUCACAUGGAGAUGAUGCGUUUGACCAUCAAUCGAAAAAUGGAUCCUAAAACAAUGUUUGCACGAUGGCGGAUCAAUGCCCCCUACAAACCUAUAACACGCAAAGGUCUUGGACAACGGAUGGGAGGAGGCAAAGGAGCCAUUGACCACUACGUAACUCCUGUCAAAUAUGGCCGUUUAAUUGUAGAAAUUGGUGGCAAAGUAGAGCUGGGAGAAGUUGAACAUAUACUUACAGAAGUGGCAAAGAAGCUCCCAUUUCCUGCUAAGGUGCUGAGCCGAGAGGACCUUGAAGCGAUGCACAAAGAGCAAGCUGAGAGGGAGAAAAACAACCAAAAUCCAUGGACUUUUAAAGACAUUGCUCGGGGAAACAUGAUGGGCCUCAGGAAGGUCCUGAGUCCUUUUGAAAUACGCAACGAUGGGCGAUUUACAGGGAAAUUUCACCUUCCAGAAAGAGUCUGAAGAAAAUGGACUCUCAAAGGCCUUUUCUUCACUUGUAUAUAUUUGUGUUCAUAAUGAGGUUCCUUUUAUUUGCGUCAUAUAAUGUACAAUGACAUAUGUAGUCAAUAUUUGGAAAGGAAAUAUCUUGGACUUUUUGGUCUGAUGGAUGAAAAAUUAAAAUUGGAAUUUAAUUGAAA